AUGCGCCCAUCAUACUCAGAUGUCCUUGCCAAGAAUACUAAAAACAAUGCAUCAGCUGAUAAUACACACAAAGUCCAACCACAGAGUGUUGAAACAAAGAACAAGGUGAACUCCAAACUCGAUAAGCCAUCCUCUAAUGCAAAGUGUAGUGAUGAUAAGCAUAAAGUUGAUAAAAAACACUCCAACACUAUUUCUUCAGGCAGUGAGUCAGGGGACAUCAACACAGAUGACACGGAGAGGAACAAAAAACAAAACAAAAAGUCCAAGAAUAAACGUGGGAACAUGUCCUUCAAGUGGUCUUCUUUUGAUGACAUCACUAAUGAAGUAAAUGAAGAGUUAGUUGAUCAAGAUAAUGCAAGUCAGUUUGUGUUCAUAGAAAACAGCGCUGAAAAGUCAUAUAAAAAGGAUAAAAAGUCCGAAAAGAAAAAUAAGAAUUCCGAUAAGAUAGGAAAUGUAGAAAACGAAUUUAUAUUUGAAGAUGACGAUGAUGAAAUUCAAUCUGAAUUUAUUCUUCAAGAUGGCCACAUAGAGGCAUCAAAAGUGAAGAAGCGAAAAGAAGGUCGAAAUUAUCACAAGGCUCCUAAGGUUGCACAAGAUAAAAAGAAGCCAAAUCAGACUAAAGUGAGAAAAAGCAAACCUGGGUACUUGGGUCUGGCUCAAAAUUGCCUGGGGCACUGGGGUGAUGUAACCUGGAAGGCUAUUGCAUGGUUCCUGUACCUACUGUCAGAUAUUUGUGGAAUGAGUUUCCAUCUCUCAUUUGAUCUUUUUACUUCGGUAUUCACCCAAACAUACAUCAGCUCCCAAGCGGUGUGGCGUAGCAGUAAGGACUGGCUCUCACAGAUUGGUAACAACAAAUACCUUCUUUACAUCGACAGAAAAUUCGGGCAUACACGUUUUGGAUUUUGGCGGAAGCUUAAAUGGUUCAAGAAAGAGACAGAAGUGGACAGUAAUGCAGAUGCCUCAAAGCAAAACAUGAACAUACCACUACCUGCCACAGGCGAUGAAGCUAUGAAGCGUUUGUUGGCUUGUAAGGGGAAGGACCCAUACAGCAUACUAGGGGUGAAUGUUAACUGUACUGACGACGAGAUCAAAAGAUACUACCGACGCCAGGCGUUCCUCGUGCAUCCCGACAAAAACCAGCAACCGGGCGCCGAGGAGGCCUUCAAAAUACUCCAGCACGCUUUCGACCUUAUUGGGGAGCCGGAGCUACGCGAGGCCUACGAGCGCCGCGCCGUAGAGUCACGGCACGUAGAGGCCGCUUGGAGCGAACUGAGCCAGCUUUUGACCCAACUGCAAGACAAGAUGGAGUUUGCAGCGAACACAAUCAGAUGCACAAACUGCGGCCGGCGCCACAAGCGCGUGUUGACCGACAGGCCGUGCUACGCCGCGCGCUAUUGCGCUCAGUGCAAGAUUCGACACUCGGCCAAAGAGGGUGACAUUUGGGCGGAGUCGAGUAUGAUGGGCCUGCUAGUGAUGUACUACGCCUGUAUGGACGGCGGUGUGUAUCAAAUUACGCAGUGGGCCAGCUGUCAGAAAAAGAACUUGAAACAACUGAGGCCGGACUGCCACGUGGUGCAAUAUCGCAUCGUGCUUGGCAACAAAGCGGCUGAUGUCAAAACAAACGACCCUAACCUGGAGGAGUUCCUCAACAAUCUGUACAGCAAGAGCGGCUCGGCCGCGAACGCAACAAGCGCUGCGAAAAAAACGGCCGAAUUCAGCUCGGACCCCAAGAAAAAGCGCCCGAAAAAACCCAAGGCU